GCAAGCGGAGAGAAAAAGUCAAACAGGGCGAGUGGGUUCCGGCUACAACGGUCGAUUCUCUCGUCUCGCCCACGUUGUCCCUCCCCCUCCCCCUCACCCUCAACCCACGACGCCGCCGCCGCAUUGCUCCAAUCUCGGCAACCGCACCGCACCCACUAAACACCCAAACAUACAUUAUGCUCCAAUUCUUUCUAAAAUUAUAAUAAAUUAUCUCCAACCCCACCGGCACCCACCCACAAAAAUAGUUAUAAAAGUAGGAAUAACCAAUUUAUCGUUUUUGAGAGAGAGAGAGAGAGAGCUUUUGGAGUAAGUGUUUAUUUGGCAGCUCAAGCAGAGAGAAAGCGAGUUUCUUCCGGGUACUCACGCAAGCCUUUUCGUCUGUCCCGAAACAGCUCCAAUCUGCUCUUCUUUUUACCUCUCUGAAGUGUGAUCAUCGAUCAAUAACCCUUUGAAAGAUGUUAGCCCAAGGACUUGACAGCAACACCCUCCAAUGGGUCAAAGAGUGGAGUGGGUGUUUCUUGAUUUAUGGCAUUUCAUGAACAUUAUAACUAUAAUGGAAAUUCAGGGUUCUAUUGCUCAGAAGAAGGAAAUUCAUUAUUCUGUCCCGAAGCUAGGACCUCAAGUAGAUCGUGUUUCUGGUAUCCGAAGUGGAAGGGGUCGAGGUGUUGGGCUGCCUCCACCAUCAAAAUUCCGAAGCGGGCACUUAUCUGGUGUUAUUCCUAUUUCGAGGGCUAUAGCUGGAGAUAUAGAUGGUUGCGGGUCUGGUUCUGAUGAUAGUCUAACAACAGACUCAGAGGAGGAGGUCUACGUGAAUAGACACUCACUUGAUUCAUUACCACAAGAUGACGGAGUUUCUAGUAAUCUUGCUGCUAAGAGAUACUACAAUUCUGUGCAAGGGCAACCCCAAUAUGCCAGUGAUUCACUUUACUCGGGUGAUGUUAGCUCGUCGAGGGAAACAAUAGGCACAGGGCACGGAAAUGUGGCAGAGAGAUUGAUGAGGGGAGCCAAUAGAUAUCCAGUUAGAAGGAAUGAUUAUACUGAGGAUGAUUCCUCUGGUUCUGGGGAGAGCUCUGAGUUCUCAAGCGAGCAAAAUGGAGCAAUGACUCGUAGCUCAAUGAAUGAGUCAGAAGAGUACGCUUCAAAUGUUCCUUCUCGAGCUAAUGUGGAGAGGGUUCAAGAAAAGGAUUCCCAUGUCCAAAACGUGCGCAAUGAAAAACAUUUUGAUGAUAUUCCCAGUGCGCCCCAACUGUUAGGUUCUGCUGAAGAAAGCAAAGAUGACAAUGAACAACUUCCAACUCCUAAAGCACAGUACAGAGCUGAUGUAGAAGAUUCACAUGAUUUUUCAGCUAAAGAUGGCUCUAGUACUUUGAAGAGCACUUCUCCUCAUGUUAAAUUAGAUGAUAAUAGUAUUGGGCAGAAGAUGCCGGACAAGUACGUGAGGAGUGCUACUGGUAUAGAAAGUGGUGCCCCUUCUGUCCCUGCCCGCCUUCCAACAUUUCAUGCAAGCACUCAAGGGCUGUGGCAUUCUGUGAUUGCAUAUGAUGCUUGUGUUCGACUCUGUCUACAUGCUUGGGCAAAGCAGUGCAUGGAAGCUCCCAUGUUUUUGGAAAAUGAAUGUGCUUUAUUGCGGAAUGCAUUUGGUUUGCAGCAAGUGCUAUUACAAUCAGAGGAGGAAAUAAUGGAAAAGCACUUUCCUGAGCAAGGCAGUGAAGGAACUGCCAUGAAAUCUAAGAAAAUGGUUGGAAAAAUUAAGGUGCAAGUCCGUAAGGUGAAAAUGGAUCUGGACCCGCCCACAGGCUGCACGUGUCCAUCCCUUCCAACACCAAAGAUAAAGCUAGAGUCUCUCCGUAAUCAGGGCUUCAGCUUAAAGUCACCAUUCUCUAUUGGGUGGCAAGCCCUUCGUGGAAUUUGUCUUGUUCCUCAUGUACGUUCAAAUCGUUCUUCUUCACGCCAGAGUUUGGCAUAUGUGCAAGCCAGAACGGAGUAUGUCAAACAGGUGUCAGGACUCUUCAAAAUUGGUGUCUCAACUCUACGCAACAGUUCAUCUUCUUAUGAAGUUGUGCAAGAAACGUACUCUUGUUUGUUACGAUUGAAAAGUUCAAGUGAAGAAGAUGCUAUAAGAAUGCACCCGGGAUCUGGUGAAACCCAUGUAUUCUUUCCAGAUGGCCUAGGAGAUGAUCUAAUUGUUGAAGUCCAGGAUUCUCAAGGAAAACAAUAUGGCCGUGUCCUUGCUCAGUUGGCUACUAUUGCUGAAGAUACAGGUGACAAGCUACGGUGGUGGUCUAUUUAUCGUGAGCCAGAGCAUGAGCUUGUUGGCAGACUGCAACUUUACAUAAAUUACUCAACAAGUUUUGAUGAAAAUAAUCAUCUUAAGGGUGGCUCUAUUGCAGAAACAGUAGCAUAUGACCUCGUAUUAGAAGUUGCAAUGAAACUUCAGCAUUUUCAACAGAGAAAUUUAUUUCUCAGUGGCCCAUGGAAAUGGUUACUAACUGAAUUUGCAUCCUAUUAUGGGGUUUCAGAUGCAUACACCAGGCUAAGAUACCUCUCUUAUGUCAUGGAUGUGGCUACACCAACUGCAGAUUGUCUCACGCUGGUAUAUGAGCAGUUAUAUCCAGUAGUAAUGGAAGGCCACAAUCGAAGCAAAUUGAGUCAUCAAGAGAACCGAAUCUUAGGAGAAAUUGAGGAUCAAAUCAAUCAGAUUCUUGCUCUGGUUUUUGAAAACUACAAAUCUUUGGAUGAGUUGGCACCAUCUGGAAUUAUGGACGUUUUUAGACCUGCAACUGGAGUUAUAGCACCUGUAUUGAAGCCCGCUGUGAAGCUCUUUACCCUUCUGCAUGAUAUUUUGUCUCCUGAGGCACGGAAUAAACUGUAUGGCUAUUUUCAGGCUGCUGCCAAAAAGAGAUCAAAAAGGCACUUGACUGAGACAGACGAGUUUGUCACCAGCAAUACUGAAGGUGUUUUGAUGGACGCUACUACCACUGCCACUGCUUAUCAAAAAAUGAAAUCCCUUUGUUUGAACAUCAGAAAUGAAAUUUUCACUGAUAUAGAGAUCUACAAUCAACAUAUACUUCCUAGUUUCAUAGAUCUUCCCAAUCUUUCCUCUGCCAUAUACAGCACGGAACUUUGUACUAGGUUGCGUGCCUUUCUCAUUGCAUGCCCUCCAACAAGCCCUUCACCCCCGGUGGCUGAACUCGUUAUUGCAACUGCAGAUUUCCAGAGAGAUCUUGCGAGCUGGAAUAUUAACCCUGUUAAAGGUGGAGUGGAUGCAAAAGAAUUGUACCAUCUGUAUAUUAUGCUCUGGAUUCAAGAUAAGCGCCUUUCGUUGCUUGAGUCAUGCAAAUUAGACAAGGAUCUCAUUUACUUGCAGAUUAAAUGGUCUGGAGUCCAGACGCAACACUCAACAACGCCUUUUGUCGAUGAGAUGUAUGACCGGCUCAAAGAAACGCUGAAUGCCUACGAAGUCAUCAUCUGCCGGUGGCCAGAAUACAUUUUGGUUUUGGAGAAGGCCAUUGCUGACGUAGAAAAGGCUAUUCUGGAGGCUUUAGACAAGCAGUAUGGAGAUGUCUUAUCUCCAUUAAAGGAAAACAUGACGCCCAAAAAAUUUGGACUCAAAUAUGUUCAGAAGCUUGCGAAGCGAUCUGUUAGCCCCUACCUAGUCCCUGAUGAGCUGGGAAUUCAUUUGAAUUCGAUGAAGAGAAUGCUCGACAUCUUGCGCCCCCAGAUACAACAUCAGUUGAAGUCAUGGAGCUCUUGCAUGCCCAGUGGGGGCAACACAGCCCCUGGGGAGUGCCUUAGUGAGGUGACUGUGGUGCUUAGAACAAAGUUCAGAAAUUACCUUCAGGCAGUUGUGGAGAAGCUCGCAGAAAAUACGAGGCUACAGAACGCUACAAAAUUAAAGAAGAUUCUCCAGGAUUCCAAAGCAACCGUGGCAGAAUCAGAUAUAAGAACUCGAAUGCAACCGCUGAAAGAGCAGCUGAUAAGUAGUAUAAAUCACCUCCAUACUGUGUUUGAGGGCCAUGUUUUCAUCUUAAUGUGCCGGGGCUACUGGGACAGGAUGGGACAGGAUGUUCUGAGCUUCUUGGAGAACAGGAAAGAGAAUAGAUCAUGGUACAAAGGUUCAAGAAUUGCUGUUUCUGUUCUAGAUGACACUUUUGCAUCACAGAUGCAACAGCUGCUGGGGAAUGCCCUCCAAGAAAAAGACCUGCAGCCCCCCAAAACUAUCAUGGAAGUCCGGUCUAUGCUUUGCAAAGAUGCUCAAAAUCACAAGGGAAACACAUACUACUAUUAGAUCU